AGCAUUACCUCUUAUACUUUCUUGCAAGCCAAAAUUUCCUCCUCCUCAAAUAUUCUAGAUAUAAAUAAAAUUUCCAUUCAUCAAAAUUCAAAAUAUCAACCCUUUUUUUUAUAUAUUUUUAAUUCCUAUGUUCAACACUUGAACAAACAUCACCUUUGGUCAUUUGAAUGGCUCAGUUAUUGUCUCCAGUAUACUCAGAAGCUUUCAAAAUCCACAACCCAUCACUGAAUUUGUGUCCAAGAACCUCAUGGCAGAUGCUGCAAAAGACUUCAACUACUUGGAAUUUUGUAACAAACACUUACAAACGAAGAAGGUGUGGUAGACUCAGAGUUGCUGCUGAUCAGGAUUCAUUUGCCACCACUGACUCUGCUGCAGCAGAGGACUAUUAUGCAGUUUUGGGUCUGCUUCCAGAUGCAACACCAGAGCAGAUCAAGAAGGCUUAUUACAAUUGUAUGAAAACUUGCCACCCGGAUUUGAGUGGCAAUGAUCCUGAGGUCACAAAUUUUUGCAUCUUCAUCAAUGAAGUCUAUGAGGUGCUCAGUGAUCCACUUCAGCGCAUGAUUUAUGACGAAAUUCAUGGAUAUUCUUUGACAUCAAUCAAUCCUUUCCUGGAUGAUUCUAGCCCAAAGGAUCAUGUUUUUGUUGAUGAGUUCAGCUGCAUAGGCUGCAAAAACUGUGCAAAUGUUGCCUGCGAUGUGUUUGGAAUUGAGGAAGAUUUUGGAAGAGCCAGAGUAUAUAGUCAGUGUGGGAACCCUGAAUCGAUUCAACAGGCUAUUGAUAGUUGCCCUGUUGACUGCAUUCAUUGGACAUCAGCUGCACAACUAUCAUUACUUGAAGAUGAGAUGCGCCGUAUAGAAAGAGUUAAUGUUGCUCUAAUGCUUUCAGGAAUGGGAUCAGCAUCAAGCGACGUUUUCAGAAUGGCAAAUUCCAGAUGGGAAAAAAGGCAGUUAAAAUUCUUGGAACAAGCAAGGUUGAGAAUGAUGAAGCAGAAAGGUUACAAUAAAACAGAUUCAUAUUGGGACAAUCUUCGGGGAAAACCAAGAGACUACGAUCGUUCAGGUAGAGGAAGAAGUGAAAGAAAGAGCAAAAAGAGCUGCAGCUGCUGCUAGAAAAUGGAGGGAAUACUCAAGGAAGGGUGCUGAUAAGAAGCCUCAAACAUACAACAAACUUCCAGAGGCAGCAUCCACCAAGGACAACUGAAGUCACCUCUAUUUAAUUUCCAUUCCAUAUAGCCAUAACAUAUCCUAUCUGUCCCAUAAUGUAAUUAAUUCAUCCAUAUAGCUUUCAUAACUCAAUUUCUCAUUAUUUGUAAUUUGGGUAAAUAUAACAAACAUAGAUGAUUUGUACUGAGUUAAACUUCUCUACGUUUUUCAAAGAUAUAGUAUUAAUUUACAUAAAAGGUUACUGCAGAUGAUUCAGUGAAAACCAUA